CUCCUCUCUUCAACACAGAACUGCUCGACUAGAGCCUCACCCCAGUUGAAUACAUACAGCCUGUAGCUUUGAUAUGAAGCUCUUCACCAGUUUUGUCCUCUGUGGACUGGCCCUUUGCUUUGCGACCUUCGCGUCUGCGGCACCGGCACCUCCCACCGACAACGUCGAGCCCAUCGUCGGCGCCCUUACCGACCACACCAGCAACAUCACCAGCUCUUCAAAUGACGUCUCGACACUCGGAUAUGACCCAUCCUACGAUUACCACGGUUGGGCGACCGUUGAGAUCUGGACCGGCGGCUCCCAACGUAGGCCCGUAAACUACGGCGACACGCGCGGUGCCAACCUCUCGGACGCCAUCUUCAACCAGUUGAACAAAGUCUGCCCUCCCUCUCUGCGCAACAGCGGUGCCGGCAUCUGCCCUGGCUCGCCCUACCACCCACACGGUUGGCGGUAUUUCGCGACCAACGCACUCAUCAAGGGCGAUCCAUGGUGGCAGGUGGAACCGCGGACUGCGUGGGUGCGUGUCGAGAACGGACAGUUUGCAAAUGAGGGGAUUCGCACCGUCAUGCUGCAGCUAGCUGCUGAUACGCUGCGGGCGUACACGCUCGAAUCGAACGGUUACAACUGCUACGGUGUACCUGGAAGGUAUACGGGUGUGUACUGCAAUGUACCGCAGCUCGUGCGUAUCAACCUCCCGGUUGGCCGUGUUGGCGAUUGGGUGAUUCAGAACUAUCUGCACAUCGAGACCUGGGGCACGGAUUAUGACCACCAGUUUGGAUUUACAGUGGGUGAGCUGAAGCCUUGCAAGACGCGCAAGUUGGUUGAUCAGGUCAUGGACAAGUAUCAGGGUGACCUCGUUGGGCUAUUUCCGGAGUGGAAGAACUCGUUCAAGCGUGAAGCGAAGGUGAUCAUCAACGGCUUUGACAGCUGUACCAAUGAACCCUAG